UUUUCUUUUUCUGCAGCUCAGAUGGAAAACUACACAAACAGCCUCACUCUGCAGAUUGAGGGGCUGAGGGUCACCAAAACCAGCAAGUACCCCGUCUUCUUUGCCAUCCUCUUCACUUACAUCUUCAUCAUGAUCACCAACAUGGGUAUUGUGGUUUUGAUUUUGGCAGAGAAAACCCUCCACCAGCCAAUGUACCUUCUCUUUUGCAACCUGUCGGUAAAUGAUGUGAUUGGAAAUUCCUUAAUGCUGCCCCGGCUGCUGGUGGAUAUCACCUUGCCUCCGUCUGAGCGCCUCAUUCAUUACUACGAGUGCGUGGCCCAAGCUUUUACCGGACACAUGUUUGGCACUAACGCCCACACCGUGCUCAUGAUCAUGGCCUUCGACCGAUACGUGGCCAUCUGCAAUCCUCUGCGGUAUACCACCAUCAUGACGGACAAGAUGGUGUUGAAACUAACGGUGUCUGCGUGGGGGUCGGCCUUGGUCUUGGUUGGGAUUCUGCUCGGUCUGACCAUACGCCUGACUCGAUGCCGCUCUCUGAUCUCUAAUACUUUCUGUGACAACGCCUCUCUGUUCAAACUUUCCUGUGAGAGCGUGGUCAUCAACAACAUCUAUGGCCUAACCUACACCGUGGUGCUGCUCUCAUCCUCAACCGGCAGUGUAAUUCUCACCUACUCUAAAAUCACUGCAGCCUGCCUGAUCAGCAAGAGCAAGUCUUUGAACAGUAAAGCCCUGAAGACCUGCAGCACUCACCUCUGUCUAUAUUUGAUCAUGCUGAUCAGUGGCCUGAUCCCUAUCAUCCUGCACCGUUACCCCGAGUACACGGAGUCCAGAAAGAUCUCAGCCAUCCUCUUUAAUGUCGUCCCUGGAAGCCUCAAUCCGGUCAUCUACGGACUGCAGUCUCAGGAAAUCAGCAAGUGUUUGUCCAACAUGUUCAGACGUAAGAAAGUCAAACCGACAUUUUAACUCCAUCGCUCUGUUAAUUAAAUUGCAUUGCAUGGUGAAAUUUUUUUUUUUUUUUACUUGAUCUUCCCGAGACUAAAAAUAAAUCUGAACUUGUUGGAAAAAUGACAAAUAGAUGGGAUUUCACUUCUGUUGCAUCGUCAAUGUUUUAAUGGUGUGGGAUUCUGGAUAAAUUUGUCUGUGAAGGUCUCACAUUGACACUUGCAGCCUCAGUUUAUGAACAUCUUGAUGAUGUUAAACUCACAACAUGAUCUUAAAAUCCAUUUCCAGAAUCAACGGUAGUGUGCAAACGUUUUAGUCCUUUAGAUUCUACAUGUGAUUGUCCCAAAUGUGUUUGUGCACCAAAACAAUGAGCUGGAAUCUAAUUAUUUAGUUAAAGAGGUAAAAAGUUAAUUUUUGAAAAGUGUUGUCUUUAGGCCAUCUGUGAAAGAUCUUUAAAUGCAUUUCACAGGUUUCUUUUCUUGUGUUGUAAACUCUUUGUAUAGAACACAAGCCCUGAUUGCAGAUGUUACCUUUGGUGCAUGUUGUUCUUUUUUUCCUGUUUU